AAGAUUAUGCCGAUAAUCUAGAUAUUGUAGAGGUAUUUAUGGCAGGAUCGUAUCAACAGUCCAAAUCAGAUAAAAUAGAAAUUUUAAAUAUCGUUGAGUCUAUAUUAAAAUAUUCACCGCCCCCAGAU